ACAGUGAGGCCCUAGAUUUGAUCAAAUAUUGGACGACAUUUGACAAAGUCCCUAUUACACUAUCAGAUAUCUUUGACAAAGAUAUUGGACAAAGAAAUUUGAUUGUGUAAUACCGGCCUAAUAUACCGGUAACAAGAAAGCAGUGCUUCAUAUACGAGUGUCAUCUUUUAAGAGCAACCAUCCAGCAAUGCACUAUAUCUGGUAUGUGGCAGAUGUGAGCUGUUUUAAAAACAGAUGCAUUGUAGCCUGCACAAUACUCAUUGCAGUUUCAUACAAAUGGCUUAUUAACAGAAUGUAUGAUUCAGUUUGCAGAAUUGUUAACGAUGAAAGAAUUGGCAAGGAGACAUAUUCCUAAAUACUGGAGAGUGCGGCGGUCUGCUGAAGUUGUAGAAGAGGAACUCAGUGAUUAUGAAGAUUUAGACAUAAUAGAUAUGAUGCCAUAUGAUUUGGAUAUCACAUCUGUUGUGAAAGUUAAGAAUCCUUAUUUGUGGAGCUGCUACCAGCUAAAAAAGGCAGAGUACAGGAAACGAUAUGGCCACGUGUCAGAAGUAACAUUGUACCAUGCAACAGCAGAAGACAAUGUACAAUCCAUCAUUAGUGAGAACUUUGAUUGGAGGUUUUCUGUACGAACAAAAUUUGGCAGAGGUGUUAGCUUCAGUCCAGAUCCUAAGUACGCUAAUAGACAUUGUAAUAGCAAUGCUGGAUGUGCGAGAGCUAUGAUAGUUGCAAGUGUACUGGUAUCAAAUAAAUGCCAGGGUUCAUACUCUACUAAGAUACCCACCAAAGGUUGUGAUACAACUGUUGGGAACAAGGACAAAGUUUAUGUCAAGUAUUCUGAUAACGAGUUUUAUCCAGAAUAUGUAAUAUAUUAUAAUGAUGAUUCAGAGCUAUACUGAAUGAUAGAUUUUAAUUGGCAGUGAUUCUUCCAUGUUUGUAUGUGUUUUGUGGAAUAUAAUUCUGGGAUUUACAAUUUUUUUUUUCUGUCUCAAGUUUAGUGCCAGUAUAUUCUUACCCUAUUUACAUAUUGAAAAAAAAUCUACGGAAAAUGUGUCAUAUAUCUUAAAAAUAAAUAAAACUAUUCUUACA